AUACCACCCACCUUUCUUGUCUUAUUUCGUCACACACAAACAACAAAGAGAAAAGAAAGUUAGGUGUUUCUUGAUCUCUACACUGUAGUAAUGGCUGCUCUUCCUUUCAAAAUCCACCUCUUCAAGAAAUCAGCAAUAGAAGCUGGAACCCCUGAAAAGUACUAUCUGAAUCCAUCGGAUAACUUAUGGAAAGUAACAUCGAUGUGGAGGGUCGUUGAACAUGAAGAUACUAUUAAUUUGUCAGUUGAUAUGAAUGCAUUUGGAGAUCUUGUUACCAUUUUGAUACAAGGAAACUUUAUUAAUAUCAAUGUAGGAAGAGAAGACGAGGAAAAGGCUGCUCUUUUUGAACACAAGGAUGGGAUGAAGAAUUUCAGCAUCGAAAUGAAUCCUAACUUCGUCCAGUUAGGAGUCAAGGGUGAUGAUUUCGAAGCUCCUGAACGUGUUGCAAGGAUGUAUAUUUCUAAACUCAAUGCUGAAGAAAUCAAGAACUAUGCUGAAGGGAAGAAUGAUUUCUGAACCCAAAAGAUGAAGAAAAAAGCAACCCUAAAGAGAUUAAGAAUAAUGCUCCUGCUGCUUCUUCUAUCUAGUCUUUGGUUUUUAGCUUUGCUGCUGUUCUCUUUUGAGAUUUCUUUCUAGUUUUUCAUUUUGUUAUUAAUGUCUUUAUGAUCCCAGUUUCUAGGUAGGAGGAGAGGGUUUUAGUAGUUGUUUCACAAGUGAUUUUCUGAUAUGGAUCAUAAGAAAUGUAAUCAUCACAAAACAACUAAUGGUGUCUAUCUUCAAAUUAAAUGAGUAAAAUCUUUUGGUUUCUUAUUAA